UAAGACCAUCGUAGACAAAUGCGCAUUCGUAUAUAUGGAGCCAUAUAUUACAUGGCUAUUUAUUGUGGAUGGGCAAAUGGAUCCAAAAUGUGCCAAGAAAGAUUUUCCUGAGAUUAUAAAUUCCCUAAAAAAAAUCUACAUUUUCCAAUAUUUAUAUAAUAUAAAUUAUUUAAAUAUAUGGGAAGAUUUUUUAGAGGAAUUUAAAGUCUUCAGGAAUGGCGUUAUUGAAAGGAAUCUCCCUAUCGAAGGAUCGAUAUACUGCCUGCUUUCUUACGGCGCUUAUUUAUCUUGGGCAUUGAUCGAAGUGAAAAAAAUGGAUUUAAAUAAUAUGGUCGUUAAUGCUAUCGCUUGUAUGGAACAAGCCGAUAUGUUAAAGUUAAAAUUAAAAAAUUACAUUGAAAUUUGCAAAGACAUUGUACAAAAUCUCACUCAUAACGAUCUCCAACAAGCUGCCUUGUUUGCAAUAUGUACAUUAGCCGCAAAUUUCAAUGUAGAACUGGCCGACCAUAAGAACCCGAUUCUACACGACUUGGUUUUAAAACUAAGCUCGGAUGACGUUAUGUUAAUCAAUAAGUAUGCAGAAGAAUAUGUUUUCUUAAAACAUUGGACAGGAACACACGAAGAAGAUCAAGUCCAAAUAAAGAAACGUCGUGAAGUCUUGGAGCGUUUUUGCAAACUUAUUGAAUUUGGUAUCGUGCCAGUUACUAGCGCGUCCUUUGUUUUGAAGUAUUAUGUGAAGUGUGAAAAAUGCUAUGGAGAUAUCAUAAAGAAAAUGGUCGCCACGAUGUGCAGCCUCAGCAGGACAAAUUGCACCACGGUCAUGUUCCUGACUUUGAAGGAAAAUUAUUUGCAGGUGGAAAGUUCAUGUGCUGGCGAUGUGGUUAAUAAAACUAUCGAAGGAUUUGUGCAGCUAAAGACUUUGGCCGCACAUCUAGCAAAGUUCUUGGGCACAAACAAACUGAAAAAUCGACAAGCAGUAGCAAAGCUGCACGAGGCUGGAAUUUUGUUUGCGGUUGGACAAAGUGGUAGCCCGAAUGUGCCUCCAGAUCGCUUACCGUUUUUAGAAAUAUUAACCAAGUUUUCAGCAAAGCUUGACGAAGAGGAUAGAUCUUCUGUAUUCAAGUACUUACAAUCAAGGAGUGGAGUACCUUCGAGAAUACCCUCAGGAGCCAUAUGGGCUCCAUAUAGGGAUUAUAGAAGGUCUCUUAUCGGUUCCAAACCCCCUCUGCCCCUAAAUACGGAGCAAAGGGCCAAGGAACCAAGCCAAAGGCCAAGACCUACAGAUGAUGCAGCUGGUGAAACCUUUCCUUCUCCUACAACAUCCAUACAGAGGUCCGGGCAUUCUAUGGAGCGACCGCCCCUAAAUACGGAGCAAAGGGCCAAGGAACCAAGCCAAAGGCCAAGACCUACCAGAUAUGUUAACGUCAUAUGUAAUUAG